GUACAACUGCGUCCACUCAAGGAUCUCGGCGCAGUUGACCCUUUUACCGUUUCUUUGCCUUGGAGACCGUUCGAAGGAAUCAAUUGCUAUCCUGACAGCCACGGGCGUACUUUGGACCGACAAUGUACAUCAAGACGUUAACAAUUCAAGGCUUCAAGUCGUAUCGCGACCAAACCCAAAUUGAACCCUUUUCUCCGAGGCACAACGUCGUGGUUGGACGUAAUGGAUCUGGGAAGAGUAACUUCUUUGCAGCCAUUCGAUUCGUGUUAUCCGACGCAUAUAACUCAAUGUCUCGAGAAGAACGUCAGGUACUACUGCAUGAAGGUGUUUCCGUUACGACCACAUUGUCUGCUUAUGUUGAGAUAGUGUUUGACAACUCCGACAACCGCUUUCCUACUGGACGGGACGAAGUCAUUCUCCGUCGCACAAUAGGCUUGAAGAAAGACGAGUAUAGCUUGGACAAGAAGAGUGUAAGCAAAGCAGACGUCAUGAACCUUUUGGAGAGUGCCGGUUUCAGCAAGUCAAAUCCCUACUAUAUUGUUCCUCAAGGUCGAAUCACUGCUCUCACGAACGCUAAAGAUCAUGAACGCCUGGCUCUGCUGAAGGAGGUGGCGGGGACGAAGGUAUACGAACAACGGCGCACUGAAUCACUCCGAAUCAUGGCAGACACGGACGCCAAACGAUCAAAGAUUAACGAGUUGCUCGACUACAUUAACUCGCGUCUCGCAGAACUUGAAGACGAGAAGGAGGAGCUCCGCGAAUUCCAAGAGAAAGACAAGGAUCGUCGGUGUUUGGAGUAUGCUGUGUAUCAGCGUGAAUUAGAGGAAGUUGGCGAAGCUUUGGAAGAAAUUGAAGAAGAACGGCGCGGUGAAGUACAUGGUGCUAAUGUCCGCCGUGAACAAUUUGAUGGCCGCGAACGAGAGAUCAAGCGUCUAGAGCAAGCCAUAUCACAGAAGAGGCAUGACGUUGAAACGCAGAAUACGACCCGUCAAGAUGCCCAAACAGAGCUGACUGACCUCGUUCGCUCCCGGACGGAGUUGGAGUGUAUCGUGGAAGAUCUCCGUUCUGCUGGUCAACAAGCUGGGGAUAGACAAACAACUCUGACAAGCAACCUGGCUGCUGUAGAACAACAAAUCAGCGAACGCGAAGAAGAACUGAACAACCUCUUGCCCCAAUGGGAGCAAUAUCAUCAGCAAGAGAGUGCUGAAAAGAGAGCAAUGGAGGAGGCAGAUGCUAGCUUGAAGGCGCUACACGCCAAACAAGGUCGCGUCAAGAAGUUCCGGAACAAAACCGAGCGCGACAACUUCCUGAAGCAAGAAAUUGCCUCUUUGACGAGUUAUCAGGAAUCCCGUGCAUCGUCUCUCGUCAACUCGCAGAAUGAGCUAGCGACAGCUACGAAAUCCCUGGAGGACGUCGAACGCCAGAUCGAGGGUAUUCAAGGUCGCGCGGAUGAUGGUCGCAAUCGUUUGCGUGGACUACAAGAGGAGAUGUCCGGCUUGAAAGACCAGCAAAGCGAACUUAGUGAGCGGCGGAAGGAGCUGUGGAGAGAGGACACUAAGCUGGACGGGCUUGUCAGGCAUGCUGGGGAGGAGCUGGGAACUGCAGAGCGUAGCUUAGCUGGCAUGAUGGACAAGGAUACUGGGAUGGGUCUGCGAGCCGUUGAUCGCAUCGCCGAGCGGUACGAGCUCGAGGGCGUCUACGGGCCGUUAUAUCGACUUCUUGAAAUUUCAGAUCCAACAUUCAAUACGGCUAUCGAGCUGACGGCAGGCAACAGCCUUUUCCACAUCGUGGUUGAUACCGAUGAAACCGCAUCGAAGGUACUCGACAUCAUGAUGAAGGAGAAGACUGGACGUGUUACAUUCAUGCCACUGAAUCGACUGAAGCCGAAAACUCCCACCGUUCCUCAAAACCAGGAUGCUAUCCCACUCAUAGAAAAGCUUCGCUUCAACCCAGCACACCAGAAAGCGUUCCAGCAAGUGUUUGGAAAGACGUGGGUUUGCCGUGAUCUCACCGUCGCCGCAGCAUACGUCAAAAGCCAUGGUAUCAAUACAAUCACGCUGGAUGGUGAUAAGGUCGACCGCAAGGGUGCUCUGACUGGUGGCUACCACGAUGUUCGCCGGUCACGUAUUGAGGCGACUAAGACGGUUGCGACCUGGAGGAGCAAGUAUGACGCGGACAAGGCACGUUCGAAGGAGGUCAAAGCGACUAUCACCCAGACAGAGCAGGAAAUUACGAAGAUCACGGGCAGGCUCCAGAUAUUGUCGAUUCAGCAGUCACAAGCGAAGGAAAUAAGGGAUAGUCUAGUGUCCGACACGAACUCGCUGGCGAGGGAGGCAGAGCGGCAAAGGGAGCGUAUAGCAAGACUGUCAGGCGAUAUCUUCGAUUUGGAGACAGAACUUGUUUCAGUUCAAGCGCGACUGAAAGGGUACCGGGAGGAGCUUGCCAGCCCAAUGGCUCAAACACUUUCCAACGAGGAGGCUGAGCUGAUGGAUUCUCUAGGAGAAGAGGUCGCUCGCAGGCGCAAGAGGGCCCUUGAGAUUAGUAAGUCCAGAGCAGAGUUGGACAGCCGCAAGAGUGCGUUGGAGAUUGAUCUAAACGAGAGCCUUCGCCGGCGGAGACGUGACCUACAAGCCAAAAUCGACACUCUCGGAGAGAAUGAAGACGGCGAAGCCUCCUCCGCGGACACGUUGGAAGCCCGUGCCCGGCAACUGCGGUCACUCAAUCUUGCUGUCGAGACUCUGAUCAAAAGGGCUCGCGAUGCAGAGAAGGACAUCGAGACGUUGAAUAGCGAACUGCAGGAGCUGCGUUCUUCCCUUGAGAAGGCACAGAACCAACAGACAGAGGAUGCGCGAUCGGUCACUCGACAACAGAAACACACCGAACGAUAUCUUGCGAAGAAACAGAUGCUCUCGUCGCGGAAAGACGAAUGUAAUCGCAAUAUUCGCGACCUUGGUGUUCUUCCUGAAGAAGCGUUUGAGAAGUACACUAAUGAAAAACUGGAUCGACUUGUUAAAAAGUUGCACGCCGUCAACGAAGCUCUGAAGAAGUUUGCACACGUGAACAAAAAGGCCUUUGAGCAGUACAAUUCGUUCACAAAGCAGCGUGAUCAGCUCAUCCAGCGUCGUGAAGACCUCGAAAAGUCGGCUGAGUCAAUUGAGGAACUCGUGCAGGUGCUCGACCAGCGCAAGGAUGAAGCCAUCGAGCGUACGUUCAAGCAGGUCGCGAGCAACUUUGAGGAGGUGUUCGAGAAUCUGGUGCCUGCUGGAAGGGGACGAUUGAUAAUACAGCGGAGGAUAGAUCAGGACGAGGCAGAGCCAGAGGAGGUGCUCGAAUCUCAGCAGAGUACAAUUGACAAUUACACUGGAGUGUCCAUCAAGGUUUCCUUCAACUCGAAGGUGGACGAGGGCCUGCGGAUACAGCAAUUGUCUGGUGGCCAGAAAUCCCUUGUGGCUCUGGCCUUGGUGUUCGCCAUCCAAAAAUGUGACCCUGCACCAUUCUAUCUGUUCGAUGAGAUCGAUGCCAACUUGGACGCACAAUAUCGUACAGCAGUCGCACACAUGAUUCAGUCUCUCGCGUCGUCAGCACAGUUUAUCACUACUACUUUCCGACCGGAGAUGUUGGUCACGGCCGACCAGUUUUACGGUGUGCUCUUCAACAACCAGAAGGUCAGCUCGAUCCGGACGAUCAAGCGUGAGGAAGCGAUGGAGUUUGUGGACCAGGAGGCCCAGGCUCAGUAGUUGUCAAGUCUCUGUAUUUUUAUUAUACUCUACUGCUCUGCGUUGCUUUGUUGUCGUUCUCACUAGCCUGCAAAUGUAAUCGUUCUAGACUGUAUGAUUAUAUCG